AUGGCCUCCAAAUUCAGUUUUGGCUUCUCUGGCGACGAUAUCGAUAUCGAUCUUGACGAGAAUGAGCUUGAUGAUGCCACAGAGAGUGGCCACCAGGAUGCUGGCACAGCAUCUACGCUCCCAGAGCUUGUGAAAGCUCAAAAACAUGAAAUUGAUGAGUGGCUCUCCAUGCUCCCAUCACAGAUAUCGUACAAUACGUGCACUAUCUCUCCCUUUCAGGAGAAGGGCCUGGGGCAAGGUGCAAGCGCAAGUACAGAUAUAGGAGCAAAUACUGUUACUGUCGCACGCAGGGACGUCUUCGAUAUUCGCGCCCAGCUAAUGGUGGAGGAUAGUGCUGAGGAGCAGAACGGCGAGUUGAUCGCCGGACUUGAGAAGGGUGACAUCACGCCUAAUUUCUACGAGGGCGGGUUUAAGACGUGGGAGUGCUCUAUUGAUUUGGCUGGGCUGGUUGUUGGCGAGGGAGUGGGACUGGAGGAUGAGGGUGAGGAUAGACAUGUUAUUGAGCUUGGUUCAGGGACCGCGGUUCCCUCGCUGGCGGUAUUUGCUCAGUUGCUCGCUCGGACGGAGACAGACGGGACAACAUCAAAGCCAGCAGAGAAGAAAAAACAAACUCACUUUACAUUUGCAGACUAUAACUCCGCUGUUCUACGUCUGGUGACUGUACCGAAUCUACUUUUAACAUGGAAUCACUUUACCACGCACCGCAAGUCGGCUCAACCGUCCGAUGGCCAGUCAGAGGACAAAGCAGAGAGUCAAGAAGAGAUGCUAGACAUAACACCCGACCUUGUUGAACGCUUUCAAUCUGACCUCGCGCACAGAGGAAUUACUGUCUCUUUCAUCUCAGGCGCCUGGUCACCGUCAUUCGUGGAGCUGGUGUUUUCGUCACCGGAACUGGCGGGUUAUAGGACGCUUAUUCUUGCAAGUGAGACGAUUUACUCGCCUGCUUCAUUAGCCGCUUUCUCGGAAACGUUGUUGAUGUUGCUGCGCCGUUCUUCGCAGAGUAAUCAUGCGAGUAGGGCGCUUGUGGCCGCGAAGAAGGUCUACUUUGGUGUUGGAGGGGGCGUCGAUGAGUUUCUGACUAUUUUGAGGAGUGUAGCUGAUGGGAAUGUUGAUGUUGGAGAGCGGAUGGACGUCAAAUCUGCUGGAGUGGGAAGGACAAUCCUGGAGGUUAGCGCGAGUACUUAG